AUGUCCUAUGGGAAAUGUAUGUAUAUGGUCCACUUUCUCCUGUAGAGGAGAACUCGCGAAAAUUUCUGCCGGCGCUGGCUAAAGGGGCUCAUGAUCGGCGCGCUGCAAAGCCGAUUGACCAAAGGUGGCCAAGAACUUCCCCAUCGAUUUUGCCUAGAAAGAGACUGAAAAGGGCGGUCAGUCAGCAUUUCCAGACUCCUUCUCGCUGACAUUCCUCCGAAGCUGGGACAAAGUCCGUAGCUACCUCACAAGCACUUCUUCGUAGCCCGUCAAACCGAGCAACAGGGGCUCCCAGCUCGCCUCGCUCGUCCACCUCCGACGGAAUCGACUAUGGAUCGUCCGACGAGUCGGACACGAUCGAUGUCGUUCAUGAUCGCCAUAAAGAUACAUCAAGAGCGGCACUCAUCGCCCAGGUCAAGCCUUUUCUAUCUGUUUCAGCGAGCUCGACGCCUUCGAAUACCGGGAGCUUUGCCUCACCCUUGGGCUUCCUCUCCUCGGCCUCGACAUCUCCAAACUAUCGCCGUGGUGACCGAGCAAAAUCUAUCUCCACAUCUUUGAACCAGAUCAGAAUUCCCGUCACAACGCCGAGAUCAUUACGAUCGCCUCUGCUCAUUGGACACGUUUUUGCUGUCGUGGUCCUCUUUGGGCUCAUGCUUCGAUCGGGCGGCGGUUCGGUCUCGGCGGGCUCGGCGGGCAUCAGUGCAGCGGCGCUCGACGCGCAGCGCAACAUCCGGGGCAAGCUCGCCGUCGACUUUGAGUCUCACGAAAGCCCCGAGGGGUGAAAAUGCAAUCCUUUCAAAGAGCUCGGUAGCUUUGCACGUCGACGUUCAAAAAGAUGUAAGUCGGCAUCUGGCAAUUUCGACGAAGACUGUGAACCCUCUACUUUGAUGAAGGAUUUGUUGGACCAUCUCGCCAUCAGACGCAGCCGGCAAAACUCGUGGCAGAAGAAGCCUGUGAUCGAGGAGCCUUUCCCUUGGCUCAUCAACGCCACAGUCAUCUUGCAUGGUGAGCAUGGUCCUUGCUUGCACAUAAAGCAAUCGGUGAGACUGAACUGUUUGAUUGGACUUUGUGCAGGUGACUCGAUGGAUCGACUGCAUAACAAUGUCUGGUGCGAAUUCGUGGGGGGAAACAAAAUUAACGUCGAUCCCGACCACCCUUGGUCACCUCCAAUCGUGCGCAAAGAAAUUCCGACCAUCUUGGGUGACGAUGGAAAAGAGACACGGGAUUCUAUCGAUGCCAAGGCGGCGCGUGCGCAGUCCGAGGACCAAUGGGGAUCGCGAAGGGGUCAUAACUGGUUCCAGACUCGGCCGUGGGUUUGCGAUCUCCAGGAGUACAAUGCAACCGUCAUCAACGUCUUCACCUGGGUGAGUGCAGAGGAUGCAUAGUGCUUGACCUUCAGAGCUAGAGAACUUAUACUCAAAGUCAUGGGAUGCUCGACAGGGCGUUCUGCAAGACAUGGAAGCCAUCUACGCCGGCGAAGACUUUUUCCACAGCCCUUCGACCUACAUGGAGCGCUUCGACCACAACAUGGUCCCGCUUCUCAAGAACGUCGCCAAAGGAUUGAACCGACCUUCGGUCAUGGAACCUUCCUUGAUUGAACUUUCAGCCGGGUUUUGGGACUUGCGAGCCAUGACCGAGUUGGAUUUCAUCGCUGCUGGGAUCUCUCGACCUUAUCCACAAGACUCGAGCAUCCCCUUCGGUUCGAUCGGUAAAGAUCGCGAAGAACAGUGGUCAACCAACAUGCGUCACGCGCUUGAACACGUUGCGCAAAUCUUCCAAGGCCCCCAUGCUGUGCGCGAAGGUCCCCCAAUCAUGCUGCGUUCGCUCCACCACCCCAAACGCAAUAACUACACGCCUUACACUCGUGCCUUCGCCUUGGAUCAAUUGACGAGCAAGUUGGUCCAUGAUUUGCGAGUCGAGUCAGUCGUUUCCCAUCCCACCAUGUUCCGAUCAAUGAAGAAUCAUCUUCAACAAACAUGGAAGCAGAAGCAAAAGCGUCAGGACAACGAUGAGGAAGCUGAGGAGGCGGCCAUCGAUUUUGGCUUCGAUGACCGACUGCGCAUCGAUGAGAUUGGGCCUUUGUUGCGUGGUCAGGACGAUCAAUUCAAGGAUUUCUUGCACCCCAACCCUAUUCCGGGGUCUUAUCUUUGGAGUGAUAUCAUGAUGUACGAGCUCAAGCGAGCCUUCGAAAAGGUUGGAAGAACGUACGCUUGA